UACAAUUCGCAGGAUUGGUCGAUGGCAAUCAUGUUCAAAUAUAAGGAAGGUUCGUCUUGCAUGAGCGAAAUGGAACCUGCGCAUGGUGCUGCUGGAGAUCAAGUGACGAAGAAACAAAAGACUUCAGCGGAAGGCAGCAGCACACCCAAACCAACGAUCGAGUGGAAGAAAACGCCUUCAUUUCCACCCACAGAGGGCUCGUGCACCGUGUGGCUCCCACGCAAGCAGCGAUACUGUUCCCAUCACGCGACGUUCGGCUCGACCAAGUGCACGACCCAUGCCGCGUUGGACACUCGAUCGUCGGCAGUUGUGGCCGAGGCCACGGGUGCGGGCGUUGACGGCGAAGAGCUACCGCCACAUGCGGCCGAGACUGUAGCCACGUCGUCGUCGCGCAAGACCAAUUUAGAUCGACACUUGAAGCGCAUGUUGAAUCCGUUCUCGAUUCCACCCCUCAAGGCAGCCCCAGUAUGGAGCGAGCUGUUCACUGACCCUUCGUUGCCACUAUGCAUCGACAUUGGAUGUUCCAAGGGGUUGUACAUCCGCGACUACCGUGAUAAGAAGCAGCUCACCUCAAACUGGAACUUUGUCGGCGUCGAAAUCUUCGAGCCGUACGUGGUGGCGGCCAACGCCGCGACGGCUGCCUCCACCAGUCUCGAGCCCAAGAACCUCGCAUAUGUUCAUGCCAACAUCAACAACAGCCUUGAGACCCUCGUCGCAGGUCAAGUAAUCGGUCGCGUGAGUUUGCUGUUUCCCGAUCCGUGGGGAUGUGGGCUCGCAACAGAACACAAGAACAAAAAGCGACGAGUGAUGUCACUGUCGUUCGCCAAGGUGCGAUUAUUUCGAACCACUUUACCUCAUCUCACGUUGUAGCGAUUGGCGGCGGCAAUGCCCAUCGACUCGGAGUUCUAUUUGGCCAGUGACUACGAAGACCUGGCGCUCGACAUUCGGUCGCAUCUGCUGGCCACGGGCGCCUUUGAUGUGCCUGAAGAAGGACAGUAUAAGCCGACCAUGACGGCGCCCGCCAUGCGACAGAGUUACGAGAACAAGGAAAAAAAGGAGCGGCUCCUGGAUGCGUCCAAAGGCGUGGGCAAGAUCGCGGCCGAGUCGGAUGCGACAACUUUAUGGCUUGCGACCAUGCCGCUGGGGGUGCCCACGGAGCGCGAUAUCAUUUGCGAAAACCAAUGGCGACCGGUGUAUCGCCUUGUACUGACUCGUAACAGCACGUUGUCUUAAGAAAACCCGUGGGAAUCGAAUGGGCCGUUGGGUUGGCAUCUUCAUGACAGAGAGAUGUGACUAGUUAUCUCAGUACUUAGUGAAUGAAAAUCGAAAGCGUUCAUGUUGGAUA